AUUGCAGCUAAUCGAACACACACACGCACGAAUACAGACACGCUCUCCUGCUGUACCAAAGGCGCCCGGGCGCGAAGACCUAGGGAGCGCGCGCGGGCACACACACACACACACACACACACACACACUCACACACUCCAGGCUGCGGGUUGGCCAGAGCCUAGAAAUCGCAGAUUUCACCAGGAAAUCGCCGAGGUACCGGAAUAGGUGUCGCCUCCUGAAACUAAUUCCUACUUCCCCAAGCACUUUGUUGAAGAAAUGAAUCCAGCCCAGCUGGCCGAGGUAUCCAGGUCUCCGUUCUAUUUUGGUCUCCAGGCGCUUCGUGAAAGCCAGAUCAAGGGAGAAAGACCAGCAGCUGGCCUCGGACUCUAAACCGUGCGCAGCUGGAGCCCGGGCGGAUCGGCCCUGAACCUAUAAAGGGCUCCUCGCGCCUUAAAGCCUCCACCACCUCGCAGCCGGGGAGGCAACUGGAGCGAAUCAGCGGCAGGUUGUUAGCAACAUGAGUACAGGGUCUGGAUCUUGCCCAUUCAAGAGUCUAUUCCCAGCAUUCAAUGCCUAGCAUAUAGUUUAAAUGUUUAUUUGCUACUUGGCUGCUGAUUAUAGAACACAAAAUGAAUAACUCAACAAACUCCUCUAACAAUAGCCUGGCUCUUAGCAGUCCGUAUAAGACAUUUGAAGUGGUGUUUAUUGUCCUGGUGGCUGGAUCCCUCAGUUUGGUGACCAUUAUCGGGAACAUCCUAGUCAUGGUUUCCAUUAAAGUCAACCGCCACCUCCAGACCGUCAACAAUUACUUUUUAUUCAGCUUGGCCUGCGCUGACCUUAUCAUAGGUGUUUUCUCCAUGAACUUGUACACCCUCUACACUGUGAUUGGCUACUGGCCUUUGGGACCUGUGGUGUGUGACCUUUGGCUAGCCCUGGACUAUGUGGUCAGCAAUGCCUCAGUUAUGAAUCUGCUCAUCAUCAGCUUUGACAGGUACUUUUGUGUCACAAAACCUCUGACCUACCCAGUCAAGCGGACCACAAAAAUGGCAGGUAUGAUGAUUGCAGCUGCCUGGGUCCUCUCUUUCAUCCUCUGGGCUCCGGCCAUUCUCUUCUGGCAGUUCAUUGUAGGAGUGAGAACUGUGGAGGAUGGGGAGUGCUACAUUCAGUUUUUUUCCAAUGCUGCUGUCACCUUUGGCACGGCCAUUGCAGCCUUCUAUUUGCCAGUGAUCAUCAUGACUGUGCUAUAUUGGCACAUAUCCCGAGCCAGCAAGAGCAGGAUAAAGAAGGACAAGAAGGAGCCUGUGGCCAACCAAGAUCCUGUUUCUCCUAGUCUGGUACAAGGAAGGAUAGUGAAGCCAAACAAUAACAACACGCCCAGCCGUGACGAUGGCCUGGAGCACAACAAAAUCCAGAAUGGCAAAGCCCCCAGAGAUGCUGUGACGGAAAACUGUGUUCAGGGAGAGGAGAAAGAGAGCUCCAAUGACUCCACCUCAGUCAGUGCUGUUGCCUCUAAUAUGAGAGAAGAUGAAAUAACCCAGGAUGAAAACACAGUUUCCACUUCCCUGGGCCAUUCCAAAGAUGAAAACUCUAAGCAAACCUGCAUCAAAAUUGGCACCAAGACCCAAAAAAGUGACUCAUGUACCCCAACUAAUACCACCGUGGAGGUAGUAGGGUCUUCAGGUCAGAACGGAGAUGAAAAGCAGAACAUUGUAGCCCGCAAGAUUGUGAAGAUGACUAAGCAGCCUGCAAAAAAGAAGCCGCCUCCUUCCCGGGAAAAGAAAGUCACCAGGACAAUCUUGGCUAUUCUGUUGGCUUUCAUCAUCACUUGGGCCCCGUACAAUGUCAUGGUGCUCAUCAACACCUUUUGUGCACCUUGCAUCCCCAACACUGUGUGGACAAUCGGUUACUGGCUUUGUUACAUCAAUAGCACUAUCAACCCUGCCUGCUAUGCACUUUGUAAUGCCACCUUCAAGAAGACCUUUAAACACCUUCUCAUGUGUCAUUAUAAGAACAUAGGCGCUACAAGGUAAAACAUCUUUGAAAAAGAAAGAAGGUGGGCAAGGGGAGCUUGAGAAGGAUAAAAGAGCUCCUAGUUUUAAAAUCUCUGUCAUUGCACUUUAUAGUCUGAUUAUAAAACGUGCGAUUCAGGAGCCCAGCAGUGACACACUUAUCACGCCUAGGCUCCAGUUUGCAAAAAUUGCACCUCAUAAACUGUCAGUAUUAGGAGCAAUGAGACAAUGAAAGAAAAAUGUUGGGGUUGUGGAUUUAAGGAACAAUCUACUCUUACUUGUACUCUCUUGAAGAAGGGCUUCUGAAUCUACAAUUUUAUCCAUCUCUGCACAGAGGAAUAACCUUGUUCCUUUUUUGUUUCUUUUGUUGUUGUUGUUCUCAUGUGUCCUUAAGAGAAGGAAAUGCCACAGUUAAAAGGCAAACAUGGAGACUUAAACACAAAGGAAUAGGCACUAUACAAUAGGGAGGUAAAGAAAGGAAAUCAAAGAAGGAUGCAGAAAUCGUCUCCAGAGUGUUACGCCUAUUUUAUUCUUUUGCUAUGGUUCUAUUUAGAGGAUUGCAAUGUAAUAAAUGAUUAUUUUUUUCCCUUUCUUUUUCCCACCAUGAAAAGAAAGCAAACAAACAAAAACCCAAACUAGGUCACACCAUUUUUCCUUUUGUUAUGCCAUUAUUUUGUACAUCCCUGUUCUAUAUUCUUUAUAGGCAAAACCUACAGGACUUUCACUACGUCCAGCCAGAAACAGCCAUGAAAAUGGACAUUUCACCCCUCCUCACUGUGUCCUUUGCAUUUGACGGGGGUAUCAAGGCCGAUAAGGAUUUAGUACACUCAUGAUCCCAUAUGCACAAUGUUUAAACAAUCUGAUUUUCUCCUAAAUAGCCUUUUAUUUCAACAGAAUGUCCUACCUAAAGCAUAAACAUGUUUAAGAAACUAAAAUUGUAAAAUUGAUGUUUCAUCAAAUUAAAUAACGGCCAAACUAGUUGGAAAAAGUUGAUUAAAAAAUAGAUGAAUUUUAAGAUUAAAAAUUAGAAGUUUAGGACAUUCUAUUUCAAGCGGCAUCUGCCCUGACCUGUGUAUGAAAUGUUAACUUACAGAAAAUCAACUCCUGACUUUUUGUCAUCAGAAAGAUGUGCUGUUUUAUUUCUUUAGAAUCCUAAACAGGAUUGAUAUACUCACUUAGCACCAAUGAUUUCUGGGUCAGUCCCUAGAGAAUAGGACCUUCUAUCCAAUGCCUGCUAAAGGAUGAUAUUCAAAUUAUAAUCAAGUGAGGUUGUCUGUGAUUAUCUAUGACCCAGUAAAAGGGGGAAAAAAGAUAUUUUAAAUACUAUUACUGAAACAAUUACAUAUUCCAUAUUCCUCAAAUUGUCAAUUCUCCCUAACAUUAUUUCGCUUCAAAAUUCUCUUAUCAAUAGAAUUAUAGUAAUCUUUGUGACAGAAAUGUAGUGGCUAACUAAAUAGAGGCCAAACGAGCUCACAGAAUCGGACAGAAGGAUUGUAGGCGGCUGUUGCCAUGCCACGUCUCACCAUCUAAUUCCAGACCAUAACAAUCAUGUCAGUAACUAUUAUCUAAGUGGUGGCAUUAUAUAGAAUCUUGCCAUGUAGAAACUUUUUAUUUGGUAGUCUAAAUAAAUAUAGGAUUAGGAUUAUACUGAUUCACAUAUAACUACUUAUUUUUAUCCUUUAUAUUUUUCUUACACGAUGUGCUGUAGUUUUCCAAUGAGAUUUUCUAAAAAUGUCUCACUCAAUAGGAAUCAAAUUAUAAAUGUAUUUUCGAAUUUCAUAUUUUGGAUUUUAGAUUUAUGAUAUCUUGUCCGGUAGUCUGAAUGUUAGUUACAUGAUAAAUUUGACAAUAUUAGACCUAGCACUUAUAAGAGUUAUUUUGAAUGAUGAGCCUCAUUGAGGCCACCUCAACAAUUUGGAGUUAAGGGGAAAAAUAGCAUGAGGAAAAAAAUGACAAAAAAGUUGUAAGUUAGUUAGUAAGAAGCAAAUUGACAGCAGUAUUUAUAUUUGAUUAUCCUUCAUAAAAACAUUUUCCUGUUUAAAUAACUUCAGUCAUUAGCCCCCAAAGAAAUUUUCCAUAUUUAAACCGACAGCAUCUGUUUAUAUAGAUUCCGUUACUACAGUUACUUCAACAUGAACUUUUAGAUUUAAAUUCAUAUUUAUGUUCACAUUGUUUCUUCAAAUAAAUGAAUCAAUUGAGUGGAAAUAACAUCAAGACAAUGGGCUCCUCAACUUUCUGAAAACCAGAGAAUUGACUAGCCAAAUAUUUCCCUCUUUAAUUUAUUGUAUUAUGAUGUAGAUUCGGCUUCAGUUGGGAAGAACCCUUGACGUCAAGGAUUCAGGAUUUCGGGUCUUUGUUUGUUUGCUCUAACAACUCACCAUGAGUCAAGCUGUCUUUGUCUCCACUACUGUUGUAUCCUCCCUUUUCUUCUCUGUGUUCUUGAUCCUUGCCACAGCCACCGCAACCUUAUCGAAAGAGAAACUAUCAAGUUAAAGAAAGAAAUUGAAGAUAGACUGACACCAUGGAAACUGUCAAACAGAUCAGAAAAAUGAAGGAAUAAGGGAAAGGAUAGAUGAUUGGAGAGAUAUGGAGAUUAUAUUCAAGGAUUUUUAUUAACCACUGCUGGAUUUUUCUAUUUCAGUGACUCUCAAACAGAGACAAUUCCCCUCCCUCUGAUAGGGGACACUUAGCAAUGUAUAGAGACAUUUUUGGUUGCCACAGCUGAGAGGAAGGCUAAUGGUAUCUAGUGCGUAGAGGCUGGGAAUGCUGCUAAAUACCCUAUAAUGCACAGGACAUUUUCCACUACUCCCUUUAAACAAAUAUUAUUUGGCUCGAAAUGUCACUAAUGCCAAGGUUGAGAAACUCUUGUCUACUUUAAGGGAUUUCUAAAGCUUGCCUCUUAUUAAUGGGAAAAUAAUCCUGCAUCAUUUUUAGAAUAUCAAUGCAAAUUGCUCACCUGAAAAGGUAAUACUCACCAAUCAUGUAUCAGGAACACUUUUCUCUCGAAUCUGGUGUAUGUGUCAGUCACAGAUUGGGAACUCAGGCCACAUCUAUAUAUCAAAACCCACCAGAUUAUGCAUAUAACCCAUCUUUUCCCCAGCGUCUUAAUGUUCAGUUAUGAUUGCCAUAAAUCCUGUCAAUUGAGGUUGCAGUAGUUGGCCAUCAAAAUAUUUGUAGUUGAUAUGGUCAGUUCCUAUUGGAGCUACAAUUUUUCUUUUCAAAUAAUAUUAAGAGUCUCUCUCAGAAACAAUAUCAUUUAUCUUUUGCAUUUACUGGAAAGAUGAAUAUCUGUAAGGCCUUUAUUUCUUCUCUCCUUAUAGCAAUAAUGCAGAUAUUCCAGAGUGAUUUUAUAAGAAGAGAUUAAGAAUAUGGAAAAUGUCUGCUCAUUUCUUGGAAAAAAAGAAAUGAUUUCCCUUUUACCAGUUCAUCAUAAUUUAAUGCCAGCUCCCAAGUAUUAGGACACAGUAAUCAAUACGAGAAGCCACAAGGGAAAAACUUUCUGGUUUCAAAUGUACAGGCUGGAGGGUCAACAUACUCCUGCUCUUUGUUCAUCCAUUGCUUUUUUGAUCCUGAAGAUCUGACACUGGGAGAGAUGGGAAUUCAAAAUGAUGGCAACAAUUACUCAGCAAUGCAGUCUGUUUUUAUUUUCUCCUACUUAGUUCAUUGAUAGUUUCCUCACUCACCCCACUUUGAUAAUAUCCCUUUCAACAACCAUAGCACUGGUAUUGCUAAUAGAUUAGGAAAGCACCCAAAGCUGGAUGAAAUUGUGCAAAGUGUAUUCUCAGCAUGUAUAUUCAAUACCAUGCCUCUUAAAAAUGCUUCUCUUAAAGGGUGCACGCUGUAGCAUGAAAUGUGUGCAUAUUUAAUGUAUCUUCCUGGAAUAUGCUAUGAGCUAAAUAUAUAUAUAUAUAUAUAUAUUCUAUAAAUAAUAAAAUGUACAAUAGAAAUACAUAUUUCUGUAUGCAAAUAAAUAUAUUAUACACAAACUCUUAA